AUGGAUCGGGAGCUGGAGGAGGCGAACUGCAAGUUCGCGUGGCUCAAGCUCGCUUGCGCGGAGGGCGACCUCGACUCCUGCGCCACCCUGCUCUCGGAGCUCAAGGUUCUCCUCACAAAGUUUCCUAGCAUGCCACCAUCAUUCAAGAGUACACCUAAUGCAGUUGCGGAGCUGAGACUCGCAAGGGCCAUAUACGAGUUUGCUGUUAUCUUCAGCAUCAAAGUUAAGGACCAAGAUGCAUUUGAGAGGAACUUCUUCCAACUAAAAGUUUUCUACAUGGAUACAAGAGGCAUACUCCCACCAUCACCAGAAGAAUAUCGAAUUUUGGGGCUUAAUCUUAUGAGGCUGUUGGCUGAGAACAGAGUAGCUGAAUUCCACACUGAGCUGGAACUUCUGCCCCCGAGAGCCCUAGACCAUCCUUGCAUCAAAUAUGCAGUGGAGCUUGAGCAAUCCUUUAUGGAAGGUACCUACAACCGAUUAACUGAUGGUCGACAAGCUGUGCCACAUGAGACAUACCUCUACUUCAUGGACCUUCUUGCUGAAACUGUUAGAGAUGAGAUAGCUGAUUGCAGUGGUCAGGCAUACGACCACUUGCCAGUGGAUGAUACCAGAAAAAUGCUGAUGUUUUCCUCUGAGCAAAAGCUUCUGGAGUACAUAUCAGAGAUACAACAUGAAUGGGAGGUUCAGAAUCAUUCGGUCCUUUUCCACAUGGCGAAGGUCCAACCCCGUGUCGGCAUACAAGCGCAUCAGAUGAUCAAGCGAUCUCUUUGCUACGCACGGGAGCUCGAGCGGAUCGUGUAA